UACAUGUGGGAUCUCAGUUCGUAGUAAAUCUCUUAGUGUGAUGGUUACGCAUUUUGGCAUUAGACAAAUUAUUACUAGUUUUACUAAAUACUCUGUCCUGCUGUGUGUGUUUGUUUUUUAAGUUUAUUAUCAAAGAUAAACUCUAGAUAUAGAAAACAGUAUAAAUUUAUUGGAUAAACGUAUUAUUUUAUUUGAAAAGCAGAACAUAACGCGAAAGACAACAAGUACUUUGUAAAGUCUUCAUUUUCAGUUUUAUAUAAUUUUCAGCUCUCAGCUCUGAUAUCUAUCGCGAUUCGGUAGAAUAAAAAACAACGACCCGAAGGAACGUCAAGAGGCAACAGCCAAGGUGCCAACUUUCCACGGCAAAGACUCGGAGACCGAUGGCAACGAACAGCACUAUAACCGGGCUUCUAGCCCGCCUUGUUCUAGCCACUUUUCUCACGUUUCUUUCGACUCCGAACCUUUCCAAGGGUCUCAUUCACGGUGGUUCUCCAAUCAGUUGUCAUAACGAAGGAGAAGAAGUGGUGCUUCCGCUAAUUGCUAAAAGUCCUUGCAUCAAGUGUGAAUGUAAGAACGGCCACGUGAAUUGUCGUCGAACAGCGUGCUCUAGUGACAAAGAAUGCUACUUUCUUCCGUACAACGAAAAAAGAGGUUGUUGUAAUCUAUGUAAGGGUUGCCACCUAAAUGGGAAGUUACAUGAAAGUGAAACUGAGUGGAUAGAUAACAACGACCCCUGCCAAACGUAUUCUUGCCAGUCGGGGAUUCUAACGGAAGCAAGAUUGCACUGCCACGUGCCAUGUCGCAAUCCUCAACCACCUACACCCGGAGAGUGCUGCCCGUCUUGUAAAGGCUGUUCCAUCGGAGGAAGGACUUACCGGGAUGGAGAAGAACUCGAAGCAACGAAAGCCGAUGCCUGUGUACAGUGUCGUUGUCAGAAAGGAAACGUUGUUUGUUUCAAGAAAGCUUGUCCGGUUUUACCUUGCCAGUCAAUAAGGUAUGUUCAUCGCCCAGGUGAUUGUUGUCCACGUUGUAGAGGUAGCCGUAAAAUUGAGGAUGUUAGUGGAAAGUGUCACCUAGCGACUAAUACUAUAAGUAACGGGGAGAAGGUGACAUUUGAUCCCUGUACUCACUGUAAAUGUCAGAAUUCUACAACCAUAUGCAAACGGAAAGUAUGUCCACCUGUCCAUUGUCCACCUCAGUUCCAGGUGGCGCUUCCGGACCAGUGCUGCUACAAAUGUCGUGAACCAGAAGAAAGAAAACCAGUCUGUAUGUUCGAAGGACGAGCUUAUGAGGAAGGAGAAACGUGGAAGCGAGAUUCAUGCGUCCAGUGUUCCUGUAUCGAGAGUCAAGUGAUGUGCUCAGUGGUUGACUGUUCAGUAAAUAGAUGCCCGACAGGUUACAAAUUGAAAUCCAUGCCAGGGAUAUGCUGUCCUUCGUGUGUAGAAGAUGACGGGGUAUGUACUGUGUUUGGAGACCCUCAUUACCGUACUUUCGACAGUCGAAUAUUUACAUUUCAAGGACCGUGCAAAUACGUACUCGCCAAAGACUGCAAUGGAAAUAAAACUUUUUCCAUCAGAGUGAUUAACAAUCAACGUCAUUCAAAGACUGUCUCCUGGACUCAGAAAUUGAGAAUUAAGAUAGGUGGUGUUAAAGUCAUACUUGGACAGUUCCUGAAAGUGAAAGUAAACAAAAAGAAGGUUCGUUUGCCUUUCGUCAAGCUUGGCGUCCUGUCUGUCCUUCAAGAGGGAUACAUGGUGGUUGUUCGGACCAAUAUCGGGCUUAAGGUAACUUGGGACGGUGACAGUUACGUUGAAGUUUCCCUUCCUCCUGACUUUAAAAAUCAAAUGUGCGGACUGUGCGGAAACUACAAUGGCGACCCUGAUGACGAUUUUACCACAAAAAAAGGAAAUCGAGUUACCGAUGUCGUAACGUUCGGGAAUGUGUGGAAACGAGGGAAAAAGCGUCAAUGCAAAAUGCUCCAGCCAGAACCAGUAAGCAAGGGAAUAUGUGGCCAGAACUGGGAAGCCAGGAUACGAGGAAUAGAAGAAUGCAGUGUUCUGAAAUCAACUCUUUUCCGUCGUUGUUUUCAGGUUGUAGAUCUUGGCCCUUACCUUCGGUCAUGUCUGAUGGAUGUGUGUGAAUGUUCAGACUCACGUAAAUGUUACUGUCAGGCGGUGCAAGCCUAUGCUCGAGAAUGUGAGCGUCAGAAAGCUAACAUUGACUUAAAUUGGAGAGCACUGACUGGAUGUGAAAAUUCACAUUGCCCUAAAGGCGCUGUAUUUACAGCUUGCGGGCCCCCCUGCAAAAAGACUUGUAGGAACUACAAAAGAAAAAAACCCUGCACGAGACGCUGUAGACCAGGAUGUCAAUGUCCAGAAGGCACAGUUUUCAAUAAAAAGCAGUGCAUGCCAAUAGAAAAGUGUUAUUCGUAAUCUACAAACGGCUAUUGUUUUGUAUACAUCCCGGUGACCUGAUCUGGAAGAGGUCGUAUUGUGUGAUAGUGGCGUCCCCUUGUGGUCAGAUUGAACCUCAGGAACUAACCUGUUUUGACUGCUUGUACUAUGAUCUCGUCACUAUGAAUCCGUUAAGCUUUUUUUAAGUAUCAGAUCUGUUUAAUAAUACUCGCCGCUACAGGAAGCAUCUUACUACGGUGUGUUGCAUUUUAAAUUUGCUACCAACUUUAUCACUCGGGUUAAGAUUAUCCUAAAGAUUAAUCAGGAAGAUAUGUGAGAUGUGUUUUAGAAGCAUUUCUUUGUGUUUAAGUUGAAUGAAUAUCAUCGUCAAUGAUGUUUUGUGCUCUAACGUUGUUCGAGUGUAGUAUAUUGAAUAAGUGGCGGUUUUACCAAAAGGUGACCUCACAGAUGAAAAAAAAAAAAGGAUCAGUAUGAAUGCUUAAAACAAGGAAUUAACAUUUCAUUAUUGAUUCUCGAACUUGAAAAUACCAGAUUUCAAUCAUAUAUAUAUGUUGAUAAAUGCCGUAAUUGACUGAAACAAAAUAAUGCAAGAAAAUAGAUGUAUAAUCAAAAUUACCCAAGUAACUUUGUAGAUGUUUGGUUACGGAUGUUUCAUUUUUGGGAAAGACCUUACGUUAGGCUAACACUACAUUUAUAUGUAGGAAGCUGAGUGUGAUAAGUGUGUAACAAUGUUUUCUAUAUUUGGAAUGAAUUGUAUAAAAGAAUGGAAUUGUUUUGGAGAAUAAUAUUUUGAGAAUAAUUUGUUUAUUGAUGAAAUCAUAAAAAUGGUUAAAGUUUGAAUCUCUAUUAGGAAUUAUGUUUCUAUAAAAGCAACAUACAUUGUUAUAGUUUGUAUGUUUGUAUUUUUCUUUAUUUUAAAAUGUAUUUAUAACACUUAAUAGAAAAUUGUAAUAAUACAAUGUAUGAGUAGACUUAAGUCAAAUGAGUAGCAUUAAGAAUGGUAAAAUUAUUUCUGAUUUACACUUUGGAAAUUUGUAAUUGCGCCCAAUUUUAUUUUUAUUUUCGGUAGUGAAAUGAUAUUUUAUCAUUUUUAAUUUAGUUAAAGGUACGAACGUAAGGGUGGGGAUAUUAUGGCUCAUUGAAGCAUUAUGGAAAUUUACUUGAAAUGCAUCCUUGUAGCGCCAUGCUUCCUUUUGAGGUCACUGACCGUUACACAGGUAAGCAUGAGGUACCGGAGCUGGGGAGCGUCGAAGAAGUUUUUAAAAUGUUUAGUCAGUUCAGUAGACUUGCGCCCUUAGCUUUGAAAUUUAGGAAAAGCUCAAAAACUGUUUUUGUGUAGAUAUAUGUUUAAUAGUCAUGAUGAUUUACGUUGUGUAAAAACAGUGGGAAACUAUCAAUUGAAUUGUUUGUUUAGCCACGGAUUGCAGAAAAUAUCUUUAAAAGGUAUUGAAACGCAAAUGAUGUGUUAAAAUGCAAAAACAAACAAAAACAACGUAUUUUGACACGUUACAGCUUGGAAGUAGAGAAGUCACAAAUGUUUCAAUCAUCAUAUAUAAAUCCCAUUUCGGUUAGGCCUAAUGUGGCGAAUUCACGAACAUGUUACAGCUUGGAAAUACAGAAGAGACAAAUUUUUCAAUCACCUUAUAUAUAAAUUCUACUUCGGUUAGGCUUAACUUAUGGACACGGUAUGCUUGGAAGUAGAGUCAUCACAAAUGUUUAUAUCGCCUUAUAUAAAAUUUCCAUUAGGCUUAAUGUGGCGAUCGUAUGGAUGAUAUUGAUUUGUUUGAAAGUCUUGAGAUAAAUCUACAAGUGGGAUGUAAUUCAGUUUUGUUUUGUCAUUAUUUAAUAAGCUUUAUAAGAAAAUAGUCAUAUGCUGACAGAAAGAUAUCUUUGUAAAGUUGAAGUGUAACGAGAUACCAAUAAGCCUAAUUUUUUGAAUCAUUUGCUGUUAAAACUAUGAAGAUAAAUAGUGAAGAGAAAAAAUGCAAAGGAAAAGUUAUGGAACUUAUUGGUUAUUAUUGAAGUACACUGCCCACACCAUCAGAUUACUUAAAAUAAGAUUAAUAGUACAUAUACUUUUGUGGCUAUAUUGAAAAAAAUGUUGACUAGACUCGUAUAUAUGUUUUGCAAUAAAUAUAUGUGCAUUCAUGUUACCUACAAAAUCUUACAUUUUUGUACAAUUACAUAAAACAAAUUGCUCUACUACAGUUUAGUUGAUCGAUUAAGAUGUUGAUCUUUCUCUUAUCAUAAUUUCUUUCAACUGAUAGUAAAGCUUGUAAAUGUAAUUUUCAAUUAAAUGCAUGUUUAACUUUAUUGUUUGAUAAAAAAUUACUUGUCACAAAAAUGGCCCAUUACAAAUAUUUAUUGCAUAUAUAUAUAUAUAUAUAUUCUAUUUUAUAUCUAUUAAAUAUGUUUUGCUACAUUUACACAGAGCCUACUAAAUCCUAAGUUUCAAACAGUUUAAUAAAAAAUAGUGUCGUACGUUGCAGCCAUCAGCGUAACGUUAUAUCAAAUAUGACAUAUUGAAAGUCGCAUGCAACUAAGUGUGAUUUUGGUCAUUUCUUUCUUUCUUUGUCUCUUAAGAUGUUGAUGUGCAAAAUACAGGUUAAUUUAGGUAUCUUAUGUCAUUACUGUUUAGUUAUUUUAAGCUGAUAUUUUGUUAUUUAACUUUCUGAAAACAGUAUGAUGUGGUGGAAUGUGUAGUCGUUGUUAUUUUAUCAUUUGUCUUGAAAUCUAGGGGUAUUAAUGCCUUCAAAUAUCGUUCAAAACAGAUACAUUAAGAAUAAAUAUAUAAUAUUUAUUGCAAUUUACAAACCUAGUGAUAAAAAAGAAGUGAGAUGCUAGUGCCAGUAACUGGAACAUGUUUGGAAGGAAGUUGUGUUAAAUCAAACGAUAUCAAAGAGUUUCAAUGUUGGAAACGUACGAGAUUGAGUAAAAUUAAUAAUCAUUAUUGAGAGAAAUCGUUAAAAUAAUUGAAAUAUUAACUUCACAAAAAUACGUAAUGUUUUUAUUCAUUUAUUUCUAUUUUGAAAUUAGACUGUUUCCAUUUUUGAAAUAUAUUGAGUCAUUUGGGACUGAGGAGCUCGUGUUAGAUCUAAUGAACAAAACAAUCAAAAGUCCCAGUGAGUGAAUCUUUUUUCUUGUGUAAAAAAUUUGUCAAGCUCUGCUGUCAUUACUUGUUUAAACACUAUAGUUGUUUGGUAUCUUGUCACAAACCGGGAAUCCUUUGAUUUCAGUUGAUUUUAUUUAUGAAAUAAUUUUUUAAAAUGAAAAUAAUUUAAUUCAUUUAAAAACUCGUUUCAACACCAAACACAGAAAAUAUUUCAUUUCAUAUUUUUUAUUUUCAAACAACCUUAUUGUUCAUUAAAUAUUGUGCCAUGAUUGUUACAUUUUUGUUAAGCUCAUAUAUUCCAUACAAAUCUUAUACUUGAUUUCCAGUAUAUAUAUAUAUAUAUUACAGAUUUCUUUAUGUCGUUAAUGCAUUUUCUGCUCCUUCUGAUCUCAUUUGGUGCACCUUAAUAUUUACUCAUAGUUGUAAGAUAUUAAUUUAUAUGUAGCUGGUGGUUCCUUCAUUAUAAGAAGAUUAUAGAUUGAUUUAUUUUAACAUGAAUAAGAAGAUUUUUUCAACUUCAGUGUUCUUAGAAUUAAAGCGAAAGUGAACACUUUUAUUGAAGUAAAGAACUUACAAAUUUUAUGCUUA